AGCAGAGGUUACAAUAGAGCGUGGCUAGAGCGACCUGCGGAGCAAAAUUUUUUUUUUCUACUGCUACAGUUGGUCUUGAUUUCUAGGCUAAUAUUGUGCAUGGUCCUGCUGGAAAUAGCCAUCAGAAGAUGGCCAUCCUAUAUAUGACCACAGAGGACACACACCUCUGUGGUCACACAUGACACAUGUGACAUAAACGGGUCAUGGGCAUGGUCAGCAACAAUACUUAGACUGGCACACCUUAGGGGUACAAAAUGGGCCAAGAAUGUCUCCCCAAACCAUUACAUCAGAGACAGCUUGGAGUAUUAGACAGGAUGGAUCCAUGCUUUCAUGUUGUUGACACCAAAUUCUGUCCCGACCAUCUGAAUGUGGCAGCUGAGAUCCAGACUCAUUAGACCAGGGUUUUUCCAGUCUCCUGAGUGACGUGUAGCCUCAGUUUCCUGUUUCCCGCUGACAGGUGUGCUCUUCUGCUGCUGUGGUCCAGCUAUUCAAAGUUCAACAUGUUGUGGUUCAGUGAUGCUUUUCUGCAGAACUUGGAAGAAACCAGUGGUUACUUGAGAAGCCACUCACUGGAUAUCUCACACACCAAGCCUAGACGUUGUAGGUAAAAAUACAGUAGAUCUCAUAUUCAGUCAAUUAAAUUCCCUUUAUUUCCUAUUCUAGUCCUCAAUUUAAACCUCAGAACAUUAGAUAUAAAAUACAGAGUUUAUGUUCUGAUAGAAAGCUUAUUAACAUUAGUAAAAGUGUUUAUAACUGCUGGAGGAAUUGGCUUUUAUUAUGUGUUUGUUGAAUUCGGUUUCCUAAACAGGAAAAGAGAAACAUUUGAGCUUGUUUUACUUUCUCUCCCUGCAGCCUUUUGAUUCAGGAUUCUUUUCUGUGAAUUGUGAUGACUUCCCCAUAGUUAUGUUUAAUCAUGGAGGCAGAAAAGCACCAAAGCGAGCUGCAGCGACAUCUGUACUGUUGUUUUUCACAGAAAAGAGCCAACAGUCUGUAGAUGUGUUGCUGCCCCUGCAGCAGGAGGGGGGAAGGGAGGAGGCUGAAGAGGAAGCAUGUGUGCAGACCUCUUUGUUAUGGUUUUUAGCACACAUAGACUAAAAAAACUAAACACAUAUUUAGCGCUAAAGUAACAGACCUCAAAAUGGAGCGAAAUAACUUGUUCCCUUAUCUGCAGAGGCCUAGCAUGUCUGGUCCUCACUUGGUGAAAAAAGGACGUGAACAGAGAAAAAUGGAUCUGCAGAGAGACUUCACCGUGGCCUCUCCUGCUGAGUUCGUCACACGCUUUGGUGGGAACCGUGUCAUAGAAAAGGUGCUGAUUGCUAACAAUGGCAUCGCUGCAGUCAAGUGCAUGCGUUCUAUCCGUCGCUGGUCGUACGAAAUGUUCCGUAACGAGAGGACCAUCCGAUUUGUGGUCAUGGUAACCCCCGAAGACUUGAAAGCUAACGCAGAAUACAUAAAAAUGGCCGAUCACUAUGUGCCCGUACCCGGAGGAUCCAAUAACAACAACUACGCCAACGUGGAGCUGAUAGUAGACAUAGCAAAACGGAUCCCAGUGCAGGCUGUUUGGGCCGGUUGGGGUCAUGCAUCGGAAAAUCCCAAGCUUCCCGAACUCCUGAACAAAGCAGGAAUAUCAUUCUUGGGGCCGUCCAGUAAAGCCAUGUGGGCUCUAGGAGAUAAGGUGGCAUCUUCCAUUGUUGCCCAGAGCGCUGACAUUCCCACGCUGCCAUGGAGCGGAUCAGAUCUGAGAUUGGAGUGGGCUGAAGAGGACCAAAAACAGAACAAAGUCAUCAGUGUUCCUCCAGACCUCUAUGCACGGGGCUGUGUUCAGGAUGUAGAUGAUGGUCUAUCAGGAGCUGAAACAAUUGGUUAUCCAGUUGUGAUCAAGGCCUCUGAGGGUGGAGGUGGAAAGGGCAUCCGGAAGGUUGAGAAUUCAGAGAGUUUUCCAAGUCUUUUUAGACAAGUUCAAACAGAGAUACCUGGAUCACCUAUUUUCAUCAUGCAACUGGCUCAGCACGCGAGGCACCUCGAGGUGCAGAUAUUGGCUGAUGAGUAUGGGAACGCCAUCUCUCUGUUUGGACGAGAUUGCUCCAUCCAGAGACGGCACCAGAAGAUCAUAGAGGAGGCUCCUGCCACCAUAGCUCCUUCCUCAACGUUAGAACAAAUGGAGCGGUAUGCUGUGCGGAUGGCCAAAAUGGUAGGCUAUGUGAGUGCAGGCACAGUGGAGUACCUCUACUCCGAAGACGGAAGCUUCCACUUCUUGGAGCUGAAUCCUCGCUUGCAGGUGGAGCAUCCGUGUACAGAGAUGAUCGGAGAUGUAAACUUACCUGCAGCCCAACUUCAGAUUGCAAUGGGAAUCCCUCUGUACAGAAUUAAGGAUAUAAGAUUGCUUUAUGGAGAAAGUCCAUGGGGCGACAACGUCAUCAACUUUGAGUCUCCAGACUGCAUUCCCAUUCCAAGAGGGCAUGUUAUUGCUGUUCGGAUCACCAGUGAGAACCCUGAUGAGGGGUUCAAGCCCAGCUCUGGCACCGUGCAGGAGUUGAACUUCCGCAGCAGUAAAAACGUCUGGGGUUAUUUCAGUGUUGGGGCUGCUGGUGGCCUUCAUGAGUUUGCAGAUUCCCAGUUUGGACACUGUUUUUCAUGGGGAGAGAACAGAGAAGAGGCUAUUUCAAACAUGGUGGUGGCCAUGAAGGAGCUGUCCAUCAGAGGUGAUUUCAGGACAACGGUUGAGUACCUCAUUAGGAUACUUGAGACGGAAAGCUUCAGAAACAAUGACAUCGACACUGGCUGGCUGGAUCACCUCAUUGCAGAGAAAGUGCAGGCAGAGAGACCAGAUACCAUGCUGGGCAUCGUCUGUGGGGCUUUGCAUGUUGCAGAUGCCAGUUUCAGAAAGAGCAUGUCGGACUUCUUGCAUUCGCUGGAAAGGGGCCAGGUACUACCAGCAGACAGUCUGCUCAACUCUAUCAACGUAGAUCUAAUAUACGAAGGAGUCAAGUACUGUCUUGAGGUGGCUCGCCAAUCCCCAACAACCUAUGUCAUUGGGAUGAAUGGCUCCAACAUUGAGAUAGAUGUCCACAGGUUGAGCGACGGUGGCCUCCUGCUGUGCUACAACAGCAGCAGCCACACCACCUACAUGAAGGAGGAAGUAGAAAGCUACCGCAUCACCGUUGGGAACAAGACGUGUGUUUUUGAGAAGGAGAGGGAUCCCACAGUGCUGCGGUCACCCUCUGCUGGCAAACUGCUGCAGUACGUGUAUGAGGACGGGGCUCAUAUUAAAGCUGGAGAACCCUACGCUGAGAUUGAGGUGAUGAAGAUGGUGAUGACUCUGACUGUGCAGCAGUCGGGCUGUGUACAUUUUGUCAAGAGGCCAGGAGCGGUCUUGGAGCCUGGAUGUGUCAUAGCACGUGUGGACCUGGAUGAUCCCAGCAGUAUACACAAGGUGGAGCUCAACACAGCUACGCUUCCACCCCAACAACAGCCCAUGGUAGGAGAGAAACUUCACCAGGUGUUUCACAGCGUGCUUGAAAACCUGAUCAGAGUGAUGGAUGGUUACUGUCUUGAAGAACCGUACUUUAGCAGCAAGUUAAAAGAAUGGGUGGCCACUCUUAUGAAGACUCUGAGGGACCCUUCACUGCCAUUGCUGGAACUCCAGGAAAUCAUGACCAGCGUUGCCGGUCGAAUUCCCCCUUGUGUUGAGAAGGAGAUCCGUAAAGUCAUGGCUCAGUACGCCAGCAACAUCACCUCCGUCCUCUGCCAGUUCCCCAGUCAAAGGAUUGCUAAUAUUUUAGACAGCCAUGCUGCAACAUUGCAGAGGAAGGCAGAUCGUGAGGUUUUCUUCAUGAACACUCAAAGUAUCGUACAGCUGGUGCAGAGGUACCGCAGUGGAAUCCGUGGCUACAUGAAGUCUGUGGUUCUUGAUUUGCUGAAGCGCUACCUGCAGGUGGAGAUGCAGUUUCAGCAAGCCCACUACGAUAAGUGUGUGAUUAACCUGAGAGAGAAGCACAAACCUGACAUGAGUCCUGUGCUCGACUACAUCUUCUCUCAUGCCCAGGUGUUCAAGAAGAACAUUCUGGUUACGAUGCUCAUUGACCAGUUGUGUGGACGUGAUCCCACCCUAGCAGAUGAGCUCAUGGUCAUCCUGAAUGAGCUCACACAGCUGAGUAAGAUGGAAAACUCAAAGGUGGCCCUGAGAGCCAGACAGGUGUUGAUCGCCUCCCAUUUACCAUCAUAUGAACUGAGACACAACCAGGUGGAGUCCAUCUUCCUGUCAGCCAUCGACAUGUACGGUCACCAGUUUUGCCCAGAGAACUUGAAGAAACUCAUCCUCUCUGAAACCUCCAUUUUUGAUGUCCUGCCCAACUUCUUUUAUCACAUCAAUCAAGUUGUAUGCAUGGCUGCUUUGGAGGUGUAUGUCCGCAGGGCUUACAUCGCCUAUGAACUGAACAGCAUCCAGCAUCACCAGCUGCAGGAUGGAACGUGCGCAGUAGACUUCCAGUUCAUGCUGCCGUCGUCACAUCCAAACAGAGGGAGCAGCCCUACUCUGAACAGGCUCCCUUUACCAGUGAGCGGAUCAGGCCAGUUUAAUGUGAAUCGGCAGGGCAGGGAGCUGCUAAUGGAUGGAGCCCUGUCUCCACCCUGCCAACGUAUGGGAGCAAUGGUGGCUUUCCAGCAUUUUGAAGACUUUAAGAGAAAUUUUGACGAAGUUUUGUCAAGUUUUGCUGAACCACUCUUGGAGAACGCUCCAUUCUCAGAGUCCUGCUCAGCUUUCUAUGAGGAGGAUGGCAUGAAGAACGCCAGGGAGAACCCCAUCCAUAUCAUUAAUGUCUCUAUAAAAACAGCUGACACAGAAGAAGACGAUGCUUUGGUCGAAGCCUUCACCGCCUUCGCUCAGUCGAAGAAAGAUAUCCUCUUUGAAUAUGGAAUUAGAAGAAUCACAUUUUUGAUUGCACAGAAGAGGGAAUUUCCCAAGUUCUUCACAUUCAGAGCUCAAGAUGGGUUCCAAGAGGACCGGAUUUACAGAAACCUAGAGCCGGCUCUCGCGUUUCAACUGGAACUCAACAGAAUGAGGAACUUUGACCUGAAGGCCAUUCCCUGCGCCAACCACAAGAUGCACCUCUACCUGGGAGCCGCUCGCGUCCAGGAGGGUGCUGAAGUCACUGACUACCGCUUCUUCAUCCGGGCAAUAAUUCGACACUCGGAUCUCAUCACAAAGGAAGCUUCUUUCGAGUACCUCCAAAAUGAGGGAGAGCGCCUCCUAUUGGAAGCAAUGGAUGAGCUGGAGGUGGCCUUCAGUAACACCAGCGUUCGCACCGACUGCAAUCACAUUUUCCUGAACUUUGUCCCUACGGUCAUCAUGGACCCCUCCAAGAUAGAAGAAUCUGUCCGCUCCAUGGUGAUGCGAUAUGGCAGUCGUCUCUGGAAGCUGCGGGUCCUUCAGGCUGAACUGAAGAUCAACAUUCGUCUGACAACGACUGGCAAUGCUAUUCCCAUCCGUCUGUUCCUCACCAAUGAAUCCGGCUAUUAUUUGGACAUCAGUUUGUAUAAAGAAGUCACCGAUCCAACCUCUCGACAGAUUAUGUUCCAGUCAUAUGGAGACAAGCAGGGUCCUUUGCAUGGCAUGCUGAUCAACACUCCGUAUGUGACCAAAGAUCUGCUGCAGGCCAAACGCUUCCAGGCUCAAACUCUGGGCACCACAUACGUGUACGACUUCCCAGAGAUGUUCAGACAGGCAUUAUUCAAGCUGUGGGGUCCUGGGGACAAAUGCCCUAAAGAUGUCCUGAUGUGCACCGAGCUCGUUCUGGAUCCAGAAGGUCGACUUGUGCAGAUGAACCGGCUGCCUGCAGACAAUGAUGUGGGAAUGGUUGCUUUCAGGAUGAAGAUGAAGACUCCGGAGUACCCAGAUGGGAGAGAAGUUAUUGUCAUCUGUAACGACAUCACUCACAUGAUCGGGUCGUUUGGUCCUCAUGAGGACGAGCUGUUCCUCAGAGCGUCCGAGUUGGCUCGCGCUGAGGGCAUCCCCCGCGUUUACAUCGCAGCUAACAGUGGAGCACGCAUCGGGCUCGCCGAAGAGGUUAAACACAUGUUCCAGGUGGCCUGGAUUGACCCCGCUGACCCUUACAAGGGUUUCAAGUACCUGUACCUGACACCACAGGACUACACCCGUAUCAGCUCCACCAGUUCUGUUCACUGUCGCCACGUAGAGGAAGGAGGAGAGUCCAGGUACAUUAUCACCGACAUUAUUGGGAAAGAUGAAGGCCUCGGUGUUGAGAACCUUCGAGGUUCAGGCACAAUUGCAGGAGAAUCUUCUCAGGCCUACGAAGAGAUUAUAACAAUCAGCAUGGUGACGUGUCGUGCUAUCGGAAUCGGAGCGUACCUGGUCCGUUUGGGGCAGCGAGUGAUCCAGGUGGAGAACUCUCACAUCAUCCUGACUGGAGCAGGUGCACUUAACAAGGUUCUGGGCAGAGAUGUUUACACGUCCAACAACCAGCUGGGAGGAGUUCAGAUCAUGCACAACAAUGGCGUGUCUCACACAUCUGUGCCUGAUGACUUUGAGGGUGUCUUCACCAUCCUACAGUGGCUCUCAUACAUGCCAAAGAACAAACACUCGCCCGUGCCAAUCACAGCUACUACAGAUCCAGUGGACAGAGAGAUUGAAUUUACUCCCAUGAAAGGCCCGUAUGAUCCCCGCUGGAUGCUUGAAGGCAGACCUCACCCCACAGUGAGAGGAACAUGGCAAAGCGGAUUCUUUGAUCAAGGCUCUUUCAUGGAAAUCAUGGGGUCCUGGGCUCAGACAGUCAUUGUGGGAAGAGCGAGGCUAGGAGGAAUCCCUCUUGGUGUCAUUGCAGUAGAAACACGAACGGUUGAGCUCACCAUCCCUGCGGAUCCUGCAAAUCUGGAUUCGGAGUCUAAAGUUCUGCAGCAGGCUGGCCAGGUUUGGUUUCCAGAUUCUGCUUUUAAAACCGCUCAGGCGAUUUGCGACUUCAACCGUGAACAUCUGCCUCUCAUGGUGUUUGCUAACUGGAGGGGCUUCUCUGGGGGAAUGAAAGAUAUGUAUGAUCAGAUCCUGAAGUUUGGUGCCUACAUCGUUGAUGCCCUGCAUGGUUUCCACCAGCCAGUGUUGGUGUACAUCCCCCCACACGCUGAGCUGAGAGGAGGGUCGUGGGUAGUGAUAGAUCCCACCAUCAACCCUCUGUGUAUGGAGCUGUAUGCUGACAGGGAGAGCAGAGGUGGUGUGCUGGAGGCCGAGGGCACAGUAGAGAUAAAAUUCAGGAGAAAAGACCUGCUGAAGACCAUGAGGAGACUGGAUUCGGUGUACUCCCGUCUGGUUGAGCAGCUUGCUUCUCCAGAGUUGUCUGAAAAAGAAGGGAAGGAGUUGGAGGCGAAGCUCAAAGCUAGAGAGGAGUUUCUGUCACCCAUCUACCACCAGGUGGCGGUGCAGUUUGUGGAUCUCCAUGACACUCCAGGCAGAAUGCAGGAAAAAGGAGUCAUUACUGAUAUUUUAGAUUGGAAAAAUGCACGAACAUUCUUUUAUUGGCGCCUGCGUCGCCUCCUGUUGGAGCAGGUGGCAAAGGGGGAGAUUCUGCAGGCCAACAAGGACCUCAGCGAUGGGCACAUGCAGUCCAUGCUGCGGCGAUGGUUUGUUGAAACAGAGGGAACUGUCAAGGCUUACCUUUGGGACAACAACCAAGCUGUGGUGGAGUGGCUCGAGAAGCAUCUGUCCCUGCAGGACGGCACCCGAUCAGUCAUCAGAGAGAACAUCAAGUACUUGAAAAGAGAAAACGUCCUAAAGCACAUUCGCAGCUUGGUGCAGGCUAACCCCGACAUAGCCAUGGACUGCAUCAUCCACAUGAGCCAGAACAUCACUCCCUCCCAAAGGGCCAAGCUGUCACAUCUCCUAGCCACUAUGGACACUGCCAGCACCAGUUAAACUGUUGGACUUCAUAGAGAAGGAAAAUUGUAAUGCAUUGUUAAAUGUGUAGAAGCACUAAAUCACUUUGGUGGUAAAAGGUGCACGAAGUGAAGUUGAAGAGCACAGCCCUGGACUUCAGCGGCGUAGUAUUAAAACAAUAAUACACGCACAAGAACCUCUACAAUCACCUUAAACAUGAAAUCUUUCAGCCUGUCACUAAUCAGCUGGAUUUAAACACGCAUCAGUGUUAAAUUAGAUUAUUUUCUUACAGACUAAAAUUGGAUUCUUGAUAAUUCAGGUGCUAAUUAUUAUUUUUGUUAAAACUAGAAAAUGUGUUUGAAUGUAUUCAGUGAAAAAUAAGCUUAAACCCCUUCUGAAAAAACACUUAAACUGUAUUAAUGUGUGCCAGAAUGUGAGAUUGUUCUGUUUACACUGAAACACGAACAGAACUCAUCAGAACUGAUGCCAGCAUGAAUGCAGGUUUAUGAUAAGAUCAGUUGUAUUUGACAUUUGUAUGUUUUUUAAACCCUAAACCCAGUGUGUGUGUGUGUGUGUGUGUGAGAGAGAGAGAGAGAUCUGAAUGACAGAAGAUGGUUUGAUGUGGUAACAGAACAUUUAUUUUAUGUUUUUCUCCCUGAUCUCUCAGUGUAAAGCAGCACAUCCUAAAACUCAGGUUGAUUCAGACUGGUUGUCCUAGUGCUUCUUAAAUGCUCUAUGGAUUUGCCUCAGAUCAAACAUCAGCCGUGACAUUUCUCAUGAAUGAACUCCUCCUGUUUCCUGUAUGUUACCAGGGGGAGCUUUGUUAAUAAAUAAUGUAAUUGUUUAAAUAUGAA